AUAGUCGUCUGCUGCCUUGGUUGGCUCUGUGAAACCGGCUGAUGUAAAUUAAAUUUGUUGUAAACAAGGUAGAUUUUAGUAGCAAUGUGAGUUAUAGUGAAAUUUUUGCUAGUUUUGUUGCGCUUGAUAAAUAAAAAUUAAUUUGAAACAAUGAACCAAGCAAUGGAAUUAGAUAUAUGGAAAGGAGAUUGGGGGUUAGCUUCUAUUGAUCUGGAUUGUCUAAGACUCGUGACAUAUUGUAAAUUUGCCGGUGCACCAAUUAAUAUAAACGUCAAGAAUCAUACGUUGAAAACACCGAAUGGGAAAUUACCUGUGUUCAGGCACUAUAAGCGGACCCUGUGUUCUUUUGAAGCAGUUUCGAGUUACUUGACAUCCAAGAAUCUUAGUCCUGACUUUGGAUUGACACAGAAACAAAAAGCAGAUGUGGUUGCGUUUACAAUGUUCCUAAAAGAGUUUCUCUAUCCUGCCCUUCUUUAUGUUUGGUGGGUGGAUGAGAGAAAUCGUGUAAACCUGACGCGGAAGUGGUUUGCAAAGACUCUACCAUUCCCGCUCAGCAUGUUCUAUCCUGACUGGUACCACAAGGCAGCCCAGGAGUCUGUGGAGGCUCUCUAUCCUUAUAUAGAGAAUGAGCAAGUGCUGGAAAAUGAGAUCAAUGAGAAAGCGAUGCAAUGUAUAACUGCAAUUUCACAUCGUCUUGGCACCCAGGAGUUCAUGUUUGGUGCCCACCCCACUUCCAUUGAUGCUACACUGUUCGCCUACCUAGCGCCUCUAGUCAAAGCUCCCUUUCCCAAUGGCAAGCUCAAGACUCAUGUCAUCAGCCACAACAAUCUGCUCAAGUACGUCACCAGGAUAUCACAGAGAUACUUUGCUGCGGAGACGCAAGCAUUUGAAGCACAAAAGCUUCAGGAACACGUGAAUGAUGUCGGCGCACAGACAAACAACUUUCCGCACAAACGGCGAAACCAGAUUCUUGCAACUGGAAUUGCAUUUAUGGCCAUGGCAGGUUAUGCCGUCAGUACAGGUCUCUUGCAGAUUCCAUCAAAGUGGUUUAGUCGUUACGUUGACCCGCCCAGAACUCUGAGAAUACCAAUUCGUUAUGAAUAGUGGAUUCACCAGUUCACCGAGGGCCAGGAAGAGGGUUGGACGAUACAGACGAUGAUUAAACACAAUCUUGUAGCUCCUACUCCUCGAAGCGCUUGUUGUUGCCUCUAGUAUUGUUGAAAGACUUUGAGUUUUGUUUUAUACCUAAUUGAAUUAAAAAAUUAAAUUAAAUAUA